AUGUCGUUUGCAGGAUCUAUUUGGAUUCCAUGGAUCCCACAACCUGAUGACGAGCCUGAAGAGGCGUGUCAAGGAUUCGGGAUCAACCAAGUGCCUAAUUUAGAGCCAGCGUCUCCUCAGAGGACAAGAUCUACAGCAUUUACAACACUUUCGUCCACUCCAGAGCAUUUUCCAGUUUUCACGAACAGGAAGCUUGGUCGUUCCGCUUCUCCUUUCCGAAGUGAAGCACUGAAGCGAGUGAAGCGCGAUGUGAAAAGCGAACCACGCGCAACCAACGGUGUUUACGACAGUUAUACGGAGAACAUAUCAGCACGCUUUGUACUGUUGCUGAUUGGUGCAGCAGAAGCUGCUCACAUGUGUAAGAUACUUGACACGGCUGGGGAAUUCAGUGAUCACUGA